AAAAAUCUCACUGGUGUUCAUAUCUUGCGCUUUGUCCCUCUCUACAAAAUGAGAGUAGCGGCUGGUUUCAAUUUACCGGCGAGAGAUAUGCUGUCUCCAACAUUGUUUCCUCUCUUCUGCGCUUUGUUUCUUUGUCUUCCGCUUGCUGUCAUCUUCAUAGUCCAGCGAGAAAUCACCGCCGUAGUGUCGCCGGAGUCUAGCUUCCGCUCUCUUUACCCACGAAACGUACAUCCUUCUUCUCCGGUGGUUCGACUUCGUCCGCUGAUUCCUAAGGACGAUGGACAGCUUCUUCGACUCGCUUCUCGGGUUAACCCGAACCAGCCUUCUCCCGGGUCGACCCGGAAGCUCGCUUUUAUGUUUCUAACGACGACGCCUCUUCCCUUCGCGCCAUUGUGGGAAACGUUCUUCAACGGAAGCUCCAAUGAGCUCUAUAACGUCUAUGUUCACGCGGAUCCGACCCGAGAGUACGACCCGCCGUUCUCGGGCGUGUUUGAGAAUCGAGUCAUUCACUCAAAACCCUCGAUACGAAACUCACCCACUCUCGCCGCUGCAGCGCGUCGGCUAAUAGCUCACGCGCUUCUAGACGAUCCAAAAAACUACAUGUUUGCUCUCUUCUCACCUUCUUGCGUACCAAUUCACUCCUUUGACUUCACUUACAACACGUUGGUCUCCUCUAACCGGAGCUUCAUCGAGAUACUCAAAGACGAGCCGUUGCAGUUCGAUAGAUGGGCCGCGUGGGGGCCCAACGCAAUGCUCCCGGAGGUAAGACUUGAUGAGUUUCGGAUCGGGUCGCAGUUCUGGGUUCUGAAAAGGAAACACGCGCAUUUAGUGGCGCGUGAUCGACGUAUCUGGGGGAAGUUUAACCAAACGUGCGUGUGGGAAUACUCGUGCUAUCCUGACGAAACUUAUUUUGCUACGCUUCUUAAUAUGAGGGACCCGCGUGGAUGUGUUCCCGCCACACUUACUCACGUGGACUGGAGCGCCAAUAACGGAAGUCACCCGAGGAUUUACGAGGCAGAGGAAGUGGUGCCUGAGCUGAUCGUGCGGCUGAGGGAUACUCGGCCGAGAUACGGUGAGGAUGGAAUCAACGGUUCGGAUUGGUCUGUUGGGAGGAAUGAUCCGUUUCUAUUUGCUAGGAAGUUUUCUCCUGAGUCUCUUGGGGCUUUGAUGGGUAUGGCUAGAACUGUGUUGUUCAAUGACUCUGCCUGUGUUAAUUGAAUGGCUCUCUGAUAGUAUUGUUGUAAAUUUAGAUUUGUUGUUUUGGUUAGCACAGUUUAAAAAAUAAUUGUAAUAUAAUAGUAGCUGGGAGAAAAAACAAGUCUGUCAUUACCUUUCAAGGUUUAUGUAUUUCAUUGGCUUCUUCUGUUAUUAAGGAUAAUGAGGUUAUC